AAAUGCCACAGCAGCGAACACUGAGAGCCGCAGUCAAUGAACCAGAGCCGAGAGGCUGCAUCUUCCUCAUUCGGUGUUCAGAGUCCGGCUCUUUCUCUCCGACUCUGGGAGCGACAUUUUGAAGCAACUUGACAAGUUUUGCCGCAGUUUAGCGGGCAGUCGGUGCCAUCCCCUCGACAUUUCUGACGAGAUGGAGGCGAAGUUGGAGGAAAGUGACCGAGUUAACCCGAGGUUUAAAUAUCCUAAGUGGAUCUCCAGUAACAUCAAGCUCUUUGUCCUGUGCCAUGGAAUGCUGCAGUGCACCCAACUCCUGCACAGUGCCUAUUUCAAAAGCAGCAUUGUCACCAUUGAGAAACAAUUUGGGCUCUCCAGCUUCUCAUCCGGCUUCAUAUCCAGCUUGCAUGAGAUCGGGAACUCACUUCUGAUUGUUUUUGUCAGUUAUUUUGGAAGUCGUGUUCACCGACCAAGACUGAUUGGAAUGGGUGGUCUUCUCCUUAGUUUUGGAGCCUUCCUGCUCGCCUUGCCUCACUUCAUUUCUGAGCGUUAUAAGUACUCCGUGGCCACAGUAGACGCUGCCAGACCUUCAAAUUAUUUUGAGCCUUUUCUGGUCUUUUUCUGCUUUCAGUUAGGAAAUGCAAGUUAUCCCAACACAGACACCUGUCAGCCAGUGAACCAGACACACAGCCUCAAACACUGUACCAAAUCGGACAUACAAUUCAAUAUGAUGAGCAGCAUGUGGGCAAUAAUUGUCAUUGCUCAGUUAAUAGUGGGCAUUGGAACAGUUCCUAUUCAACCCUUUGGCAUUUCAUAUGUGGAUGACUUUGCUGAGCCAUCUAACUCUCCACUCUAUAUAGCAAUCCUGUUUGCAAUUUCUGUCUUUGGGCCUGCCUUCGGGUACUUACUGGGGUCAGUGAUGCUACAUUUAUUUGUGGAUCUGGACAGGGUGGACCCAGCCACCAUUGAUUUGAAACCCAGUGACCCCCGAUGGAUUGGUGCCUGGUGGCUGGGAUUGCUGAUAUCCAGCAGUAUUCUGGCCAUCGCCUCUGUUCCUUAUUUUUUUUUCCCUCGAGAAAUGAUUCCUCAAAAGAAGUCAGGCAGUGAAUCUGAUAUACUAAGUGAGAUGGAAGAACAAAAGAUGGAAGAAAUGACAAUCAGAGAGUUCAUCAAGAUGUUUCCCAAAAUGAUUGUCAGGCUGCUGCUGAAUCCAUUGUUUAUCGUUGUCGUGCUUGCUCAGUGCAGCUUUUCUUCAGUGGUCGCUGGUCUCUCAACGUACCUCAAUAAAUUCCUGGAAAAGCAGUACUCCACGACAGCUUCCUAUGCAAACUUCCUCAUCGGGUCGAUAACUCUGCCUGGUCUUGCUACAGGGAUGGUCCUAGGUGGACUCUUUAUGAAACGUUUCAAUGUACCUUUGGUGAAGAUCCCCUGGUACUCAGCCUGCGUUCUGAGUAUUGUCAUCAGUCUAACAAUUCCUCUGUUUUUCAUGGGAUGCUCGACUCAGAAGAUUGCUGGAAUCAAUUACAGUAAAGAUGUCAAUAGCUCCUCUUCGUUCAAUCUCAAGGCUGACUGUAAUGCUCAUUGUUUCUGCUUUGAUUACACAUUCAAUCCUGUGUGUGGAGUCGACACCAUAGAAUAUAUCUCACCGUGCCAAGCUGGCUGCACUCAUUCCGCCUUCAAUCAUUCCACAAGGAUGAUUAUGACCUACAAUAACUGUAGCUGCAUUCAGACAUCUACCAAUGAGGAUUUUGCUCAUCCUGGGCACUGCAAAGUCAGUUGUUCCUACCUACUUUAUCCAAUGGUCUUUUGCAUCUCUUUCAUCGGAAUGAUAGCCUCCCUUACCCACAAUCCUCUGUACAUGACAGUGCUGCGAGCGGUGAGACAAGAACAAAAAUCAUUUGCAAUAGGGAUCCAGUUUUUGAUAAUGAGGAUGUUUGCUUGGUUACCAGCUCCCGCUUUGUUUGGUGCUGUUAUCGAUUCAACUUGUAUCAGGUGGAAUAAGGCAUGCACUGGAAACAGAGGAGCAUGUAGUUACUAUGAUAACAAUCUACUGCGAAAAAGGUACUUGGGUCUACAAGUUGGAUAUAAUAUCCUUGGUAUUCUGCUUUUAUUGAUCGCUGGUUGGAAAGCAAAGAAGUUCAGUGCACGUCGAGUUGCUGCACAGAACACAGAACCAGUAUAAAGUUCCACAGAAGGUUUGACAAGAACUGACGUGAUGCCAACCUUGAUUGGCAAAUCUACAGAUUAAUAUUCGUUUGUAUUUGCUUUAUUUACUUAAAAGUGCUUUUUAUAGUGUUGAUUAAUUCAAAGAAUUCAAAUUGUUAACAUUAACAGACAAGGACAGUAGUUGGAACAGUGUGAAGAACCAUGAAUUUAUAUAGCAUUUAUAUAGCACCUCUAACACGGUUAAACAUCCCAAGACAUGUCAUAAGAGCUUUCCCCAAAAAAAUGACACCAAAAGCUUGCUCAAAGAGGCAGGUUUUAAGGAGCAUCUUAAAGGAGGGAGAGAGAGGCAGGGAUACAAAGAGACUUAAGGAAAGUAUUCCAGAGCUAAUGGCUGUGGCAGUUGAAAGCACAAUUGCCAGUUGUGGAGUGAUAAAAAUUUGGGAUGAUCAAAAGGCAGAAAUGGAGUACUGCAGGAAUUUCAGAAAGCUCUAGGACUGGAGAAGGUUACAAAAAUAAGGAGGGGCUAGGCCAUGAUUUGAAAACAACAAUGAACAUUUGAAAUUAAAGUAUUGCUGGACCAGAAGCCAAUGUAGGUUAGUGAGCACAAGGGUGAUGAGUGAGUAAAACUAGAUGGGAGUUAGGAUCCAUGCAGCAGAUUUUUGGGUGAGCUCUAAUUUAUGCAUAGUGAAAGAUGGAAGGCAAGCUAGCAGAGCGUUAGAAUAAUCAAGUUGAGAGAUAAAAAAGACAAGGAUGGGUGUUUCAGCAGCAUUGGAGCACAGGCAUGGAUGGAGUUGUCGAUUGAUAGAGAGGUAGAAAUAAGCAGUCUUAAUGAUGGUGCAAAUAUGUGGUCCAUAAGAUCAGAUUCAACACCUUCAGACCCUUCUCAGGGAAAGGUGUAAUGUUGGUGUCCAAGGAAUGGAGUUUACAAUGAGGAACAAAGACAAUGGAUUCAGUUUCUCAUAUUUAGUUGGAGGAAAUUACUGCUCAUCCAGUGCAGGAUAACUUAGGGACAGUGCAGGGUUGUGAGGUAAUGAAGCAGAGCUGGGUGUAGUCAGUGUCCAUGUGUCUAUAUUGUGUUUUCAGAUUAUGUUUGUGAAGGGCAGCAUGUAAGUAGGAAAUAGGAAGGGCCAAAAUCAGAUCCAUAAGGGAUUCCAAGGGAAGCAGAAAAAAUAAAGGAAGAAUAGUAAUAAAGAAAACAUUUGGAUUUCUUUAAAUGCAAUUCUUUAGAUACACAUCCAUUUCAACAAUAUGUCUUAAUCAUAAUAAUGCACGCUGCAGAGAUAAUAGGGCCUCUGGAAUCAAGCACAUAAACCAUGCAGUUGUUACGUUCAAGACUGAAGAACAUCAUUAAUACAGUAAGCUGAUGGGGCAGAAUUUUUCCUGCGUCAGGCGGGCCUGUCGGGAAUGAGCAGAGGAGAUCACGGAGCUGACUGCCACCCGCAAUCGGCUCCACGCCGCCAUUUUACACGGGCGGGCCAAUUAAGACCCGCCCAGUGCAAUAUGCGAGCAGUAGCGCGCUACUUGUGCAGGCGGGGGGAGGAGGGAGAGUCGGGGCCAGCGCUCUUUCACGCAUGCGUGCGAAAGAGUGUUUCAAUCUCCCUGAGGCAUGAAGCGGGUUUUAAAAGUCUUUUUUACAGACAUUAAAAAUUUAAUGAAAUGUCCCCUCAUGUGACUGUUCUUAUUUUUCAUAUAAACUUUUUAUUUAAGUAGUAAAAUCUUGAGAAAACCACAUCCUGCUCGUGGAUGAGGUUUCCCAAAAAUGUAAAGGCCACUUGGCCUUGUUGCCUGCCUGCCAAUCGUAAGGUUGGAUGGGCAAUGUAAACUUGACAUUAAUUACUUCAUUAAUGACCUUAAUAACUUUGUUAAUGGCCUUAAUAGCCUAUCAAUUAUCAGCGGGUGCGCAGCCGAUUCCGGUGUGCGCCCGCCAAAUGAAACAUGGCAAGACAGCCCGAUGACGUCGGGAUGCACGCCCAACGUCAUUGCACGUCGUUUUACAUGCCGACAUGUCAGCCCCGCCCCCGCACGCCGACUGAAAACUCCUGGCCAUGGUGCAGUUACUCAAAUGACUAGCCUAAAUGAAUCGAUUUGAAAUAAAAACACAAAAUACUGGAAAAACCCAGCAGGUCUGUCAGCAUCUGUGGACAGAGAAACAGAAUUAACAUUUCGAGUCUGUAUGAUUCGAAUUCAGAGGGUUUUUGUGUUGGUUUGUAUACUAAUGCAUCUCUGAAAAAGUUAGAUCAAAUUAAUUUGUGAAUCAAUGUUUGAAAAUUAUUUAUACCUGCUAAAAGGCAGAGAAAUAAAUUGGUCCAGUAGAGAUUUUUUCCUUCAAGAAAUUGAUUCUAUGGGAAGAACUUUUUCAAAGUAAAUGAAGAAAUCAUCUGUUAUGUGAACUGUGAUAACAGACCUGUUUAAAAUGAGAGGCAGUAUUGUUGUGCGACUGACAUAGUGGCUGUGAUCUCCUGAGGAGUGCCAAUCAUCGUUGGGUUGCCUCUACACUUGAAAACUGCCCCCUGGCUCAACACUGCUCUAUAUUUCUCCUGUGUCCUUCCAAGUCUGGUGUUUCCAAAAAUGCGGAGCACAGGGUCCAUCAGGGAACUCCAUCGAAGCACAUUAGAGUCAAGGGAAGACAGGACACAUCCUUUUUACAGCACUAGCUGUCGUAUGGAAAGUUUGAAUACCCAGUCUUUGAAUGUUAGUGAAUGGAUGAGUGAAUGUGUGAAUGGAUGAAUGAGUGAAUGGUGAUAGGAUGGGUAGGUGGAUGAGUGGAUAGGUAGAUCGGUGUAGUCAGGUCAGGUCGAAAGGGCUAGUAUGGUUGGGAGUGAGUCAGACCAGGUCUGGGAGGGGGUAGUUGGGUGGUUGGGAGUAAUUAGGUCAGGUCACUGGUGUAGUCAGAUGGUUAGCGUGUUAGUCAGCUCAGGUCUGGGGUUAGUCGGGAGGGCCAGAGGAGUACUUGGGGAGGGUCGGCUCUGGAGUUAAUCUAGGUUUUAAUCUAUGUUAGCUGGGUAGCUAUUCAGGUAAGUACAUUGGAAGUGUCCCACAUCUCUGACUCUAGCUAAGGGUUAGAGGCAUUCACAGAGGGUCCCAGUGAACAAGGGAAAUAAAUGUCCAUCAAAAGUUUAACCUUCCAGGCAAUUCCCCAUAGGUCAGCACAUCAGGACUUCUGCCAGAUCCCAGUCGUAUGUCCGGUCUCCAAUGACCUGGAGACCAGAAGAUGUGGCCCAACCUGUCAUCUGGCAAAAUCAAUCAAUCAGUCAUUUUAUUUGACAGUCUUUGAUUAAACAAGGGAAAGUGGUGUGAAAAGAAAUAUCAGGGCACUAGUAAGUGACUGAGAGAAGUGGAUGUAUGUAUCAAUUUGUAACUGUGUUAGGCAAAGAAGUAUGACAUUUUCAGCUUUACUUUGUCUAUAUUGCUUGUUCAUAAGCGCAUUUUCUGUAAUUGAACAGAAAGAACACAAAAAGAUUUAUUUGCUUUAUUUUAUCCUAAAGUUGUGGAAGAGACUCCUUUGAUGAGAUUGUGUCCACUGUGUAUGUUACUGUGCCUUUUGUUUCUUGUAAAUGUAAUCAUUAAAAGAUGCUAUUCUGUUA